AUGCGUUCCCCAUCCGAACAGACUUUAUUCUAUACCCUCACUAUCCAGGCCCUAUUUUUUACCCUUGCCGUUGUGUUCAUCGUUCUGAUAUACGCAUGGCUCGUGUAUCUUCUCGGUAAUAGCAGCCUUCGUCAUGUCCCUGGCCCAUGGUAUUUUAAGGUCUCCAACAUUCCACUGAGUAUAUAUGAGAUCUUAUGUCGCCGCAAUGAUAUGAUUCUCGACAUGCACAAGAAGUACGGACCUGUAGUCCAGAUUGCACCAAAUGAGGUUUCGGUAGCCGAUUUGGAAGCCACCAAACAGAUCUACGGAACAAAGGAGCGCUGGGCCAAGAGCGACUACUUUGACCACUUCAUGGGAUAUGGCAGGCGUUCCAUAUUUGCGACCAAGCCCUAUGAGGGCCAUCGGAUCAAGCGCAAGUACACCUCAUCAUUCUAUCAAGCAAAAACUAUAUACAAGCUUCCAGAGAUUGAAGAGCAUGUCAACUCUCGCUCGCUAGCAGUGCUAGAUCAAGUCCGUCACGGCGGAGAUGUUGAUGUCUUUAGCCUUACGUCGCGGUACGCAUUAGACAACAUCACGUUCUUGGUUUUCGGACCCAAUCACGGAACUUAUUCGGUGGACCAGACAUGUACCGAACGUAGCAUCCUUGAGGGGCUGAAACAUCAACAGUUCAUAGGCCCGCUUCGUUACAGGUGCCUUUGGAUGUACAACCAUGCUUCUGACCUAUUGCAGACAUUGAGCUGGCGAUACCUCUCAGCAGAUGAUGAAUUCUCGGCUUGGUGCCAGAAGAAGUUCUUCGCUGCUCUCAAGGACGCGCAGUUGAAUGAAUCGCGCUCUCUGGUACGUCAUCUUUGGGAACUCAAAGAGGAUGGUGCACACGAUGGAUCUAUCGAUGUGCCUUACAUGGCCGCGGAGAUUCUCGACAACAUUGACGCCGCCGAAGCCACUAUCGCAGUGACGGCGACAUAUCUCAUUUGGAAAUUGACCGAGGCGCCAGAGUGGCAGCGUAAGAUACGACUAGAGCUGUCUGCCCUGCCGAAGCAAGACGAUGGAUGUCCGUUAUUCGCAGAUAUCGAUACUCGGGUUCCGUCACUCGAAGCAUGUCUCCGUGAGGUCUAUCGCAUGCAUCCAUCCUCAAGCGGGAAGAACGAAAGAGUGGUGCCUUUAGGAGGCCGCACACUGGCAGGAGUGUUUGUACCAGAGCAUACAGUUGUCACAUCUUCAGUUCUGGCGUUGCACUAUGAUGGAGAGGUCUACUCCGAACCUGAUCGGUUCCUCCCACGCAGGUGGAUCGACAGUAGUGAAGAGGAGCGAAAGGCUCUUGAUGCACAGUUAAUCCCUUUUGGCUAUGGCGGAAGAGUUUGUUUGGGAAAGGCGCUGGCAACUAUGGAACUCAAGCUACUCAUAGCAGGUUUGUAUCUUGAGUAUGAGAGCAUGGCAACAUCAGCGACUAGUGCGGAGUUCAUGAAGCAGUGCAGCACUCAUGACGCGGUACCGAGAGGGUUAAAAUGCGUGGUCACGUUUAGAAGGGUGAAGGAUAAUGCCAUGUUGGAAUGA